GGAUGUCGGUAGCUGUAGCGCGUAGUGUUGGCAAGGCAAGGUUUUAUGAGGAGAGUGUGUGCGGUAGUGGAUAAAUGGUGUAGUGGAUGUGUGUAAGAUGAGCAGGACUCCUGGUAAAAAUAAUAUUGAAGCGGAAUUUGUGCAAAUAGACUCGAUUAGAGCGUGGACGCAGUUGUACCAGCGCAUAAGGGAUGAGAGUUUAAACAAUGAUUACACACUCAUUGAAGCAAAGAAAGCAGAAAACAAGAAUCUUAACAGGUAUAGAGAUGUCAGUCCAUAUGAUCAUAGCAGAGUUGUUCUCACAAAGGGAUCCUGCAACUAUAUCAAUGCAAAUCUUAUCACGAUGGAAAGGGCACACCGUCGGUAUAUCUUGACACAGGGCCCUUUGCCACAUACAACAGGCCAUUUCUGGUUGAUGAUUUGGGAACAAAAGUGCAAAGCAGUGCUUAUGCUGAACAGAAUAAUAGAAAAGAAUCAGGUUAAAUGUCAUCAGUACUGGCCUUCAGGUACAAAACCAGGUGUGGAUGACAGACUGGAAUUGAAAGAUGUUGGCCUUGUUGUAGAGUUUGUCUCAGAGACUGAAGCCUCAUACUAUACAACAAGAGUUCUGAGGUUGAUAGAUGAAGUGACUGGAGAGAGCCGGCAGAUUCUACAGUUCCAUUAUACUACAUGGCCUGACUUUGGUGUGCCAGAGAGCCCAACAGCAUUCCUAAAUUUCCUGACUGUAGUUCGACAGAGUGGUGCACUGGACCAGAAUGUAGGGCCACCAGUUGUGCAUUGCUCAGCUGGAAUAGGGCGUUCUGGUACUUUCUGCCUUGUCGAUUCUUGCCUUGUUCUUAUUGAGGAGAAUGGUCUUGACUCAGUAAAUGUUGUGGAUGUGCUACUGGAAAUGCGGAAGUUUCGUAUGGGCCUCAUUCAGACGCCGGAUCAGUUAAGAUUUUCUUACUUGGCAAUUAUUGAAGGUGCGAAGAAACUAAUUAACAACAAUCCUUUGCAUGAUUACAAUAAUGUGGAGGACCCAUCUUUGAACCAUCAUGAUGGUUCAACAGAGGAGACUUCGGCAGAUGAAGAUGACACAGAUGAACCACCUCCAUUACCUCCACCACGAGGUGAUUCGUUGACUCGGUCUAAGUUGGCUACAAAUAAUCAUGGUAUGAAUGGAGGAUUUGAAGCCAACAAACCACUUCCUGUGGAACCUGAGGUCUCUCCAGAGCAAGAGAGUGUGGAAAGAUUGCUUGACUCAGCACUUCAAGAUAAGGAAGCCAGUGAUGAUACACCUCAGCUACGACAUCGAAGGCAUGAGCGCCAGGAGCGGCUUUUGAGGCUGACAGGACGUAUACGUGAAAUAAAGCGUAAACAAGAAGCUGCCGAACGUUCAGAACAACUGUGGAGGUCUCUGUCAAAGCCAUUAGCUGUUGGUUUUGGUCUUGGGCUUGUUAUGGGCGGAGGCUGGAUUGCUUACUGUUACUUCUCUAACCGUGUUUGAUCAAGAGAGAGAUCGUCAAACCCUGGAGGUGUUUGUGCUGCGCUGUCGGCAUAUAGGAUAUCUCUUUUCAGUGUAAUACAUUAAUUUAUGCAUGUUGGGUAAUGAUGUCACUGUGGUUAAAUUACUGUGGACUGGUUGGUGUUUUAUAAAUGCUAAACAGACUGUGUUAGUUGGGAGCGAUUAUGACAUUUUCAUUAUUUCUGCUAGCAUUAAGUGUUUUUUUGUCCACUGACUCUUUGAGAUGAAUAGUUGGCAAAUUUUGCGUGCAGGUGUUUCCAAAAAUGUAACUGGUGAUGUUUGUCCCAUUGAGAAAAUGGUGUUUAGUGACGGUUUUGGAGUAUAGAUACUAUCAGUUGACAAACAUUGCCCUGGGUAAACUUGAUGUACUGCCUUACAUCAUAUAGGAGUUAAAUUUGCUGCAUGGGCUGCCCCCUUAUUGGAUUGGGUGUUUUUUUUUUUAAAUAUACUUAAAAAUAAUUUUUAAAUGUUUUGCUCCAGGAAUUUUUCUUGUCUUUUCUUCUACAACAUUCGAAAUGUGGUCAACUUUUAAAGAAAACAAACCUCUCAAAGUGUCAAUUAUUGUGUGUUGCAAGUGAAGUGGAACAAGACCUGUUAUUUAAUUUAGAAGUGCAUCAAAUGUGUAAGUGUUUGGCUGUUACUAAUAAAUUGCUCCUCUUGGCAAAAUUUAGAGCAAUCCAUCUUUUUGUUGGUAGGCAUUCUGUGUGACCUUGAAAUCGUUUAUUCUUUCUUACUUGUAAUUUCAAACCAAUACAGAUGAAUUAUAGGAAUUAAACAAGCAUUAGUUUAGACAGUAGUCUUAUUCUGUUGUUCACUUGGUACAGUGGAGCAUAUGUUUCUUAUUUUAAAAAAUAACUACUGCUUAUAUUGCAUUCACAAAUCACCAACUCCAUUACCCAAAAUUGAUUGUUAUUAGGGGGGUUCUUGAGUUGUACACAUUUUGUGUAAACCUUCCACCUGUUAGCUACCAAAUUUAGAGAUGUACUGGGGUGGGGGCAAUUUCUUGCUGUUGAGGUUGUAUGGAUUUUUAUUCAACAUUGUGGUGAAAGGAAAAUGGUCAGAUUGGAAGGAAGGAAGGAAGGGAGGGAAAAAAAAUGUUUGUGGUACAGCAGCCGUGUUGUUCUGUCAUACCUUUGUCACAAAUGUGAGUUUAUUGGGAAUGAGUGGUGAUGUGUUUUUCUGCUUGUAUUAUCAUUUCAGUAAUGCACAAAUUUUUGUUAAGAUUUUGUAUUUUAUUACUUGAAAAGUUUAAUGUUCAGUGUGAGUGCCUGUAAAUUUCUCACCUUAGGUGGGGAGCCUGUAUAUGAAAAUUUUCCUUUUAUUUCUGCUGAGCUGUAAAUCUUUUUGUGCUAGUAAAUAUUUUAUUUAUGUAGUUAUUUUUAUGACGACUAGUAUUUACAGGUUAUGUUUUGGCACCAGAGUUUGGAAUUGCCUGUACUAUAGUAGAGUUAAGCGUGUGAAUGGAUAUUCUGUUAAACUAGUUUAUAUUUAUUUCAGGUUACCUAUUCAAAAAUUAAUCUAUAUAAUGUAGUAUAGUUGUUUUAUUCAUAAAUAUUUAUAAAGCAAAGCAUUUAAUGUGUAAUAUCACUUCAGUUAUCUUUCUUGUUUCUAUCAACAAAAAGAUUACAUUCCCAGUUGUCAGUUGAAUGUGUAAUCAUUAAUUUCAGUGUUUGUGGCAAUGAUAUUUGGGAGGG